AUGUCUUUGUAUUUCUUUCACCUACUUAUAUUUUCAGAGUAUGACAGCACCAACUGUGAGAAUCUAUUAAAGCCAACAGUACAGAAGAAUCAAGUAACUGCUAUCAAUGAGACUGUAGCAACAUGGAUGUGCAGGACAAGAGUUCUUGCAAUGAAUUGGAGAAUGAUACUUUUGCGAUUUCAUACAUGGUAUAGAUUCCAUCGUUAUGUUAUCACAUCAGAUAAAAGACUAUGGUUGUCAAAGGAAUUAAAACUUAUGAAAAAGCUCCUUUACAACCAGGAUACAAAUCUCUCAAAGUCAGAAUUAAUCGAUGAUGAUAACACUUCUAUGACCUUGAAUUCUGAUAAUCAAGAGAGUAAUUACUAUCAAGAGUCUGUUCACACGCCAGUACCGGUGUAUUAUGGUUUACAUUCUAGCAGCCUUGUUACCACUGAUAAUGUGAAUUCCAUCAAUGACUCGGCAUCUGCGGAUAUGGCAAUACAUAAUGAUGCCGACCCUCUGGAUCUUCCUGAGCAUCAGACAUCACCGGAAUUGCCUUUUCAUGUAAAUUCCUCAGCUAAAUGGAUGUUCAAAGGCACAAACAUCUCAGCAUUAUUCAUGUUAUUUCAACAAAGUGUAGCUGCCAUUGCAUCAUCUACCUUGCUUCACAUGGAAACAUCGAUCCAUGAAGUACUCGCUUUAUCUCAUAUAUUACUUUUAGCACCUCAACAACAUAGCCAACUCAUGAUUGAUACUUUCACUGAAGUAAUCUCGGAUGCUCUAACCAAAAAUCUUGUGCAUCAAUCAUUGACACUUAAACUCAAUAAUUGCGACGUUAUCUACCGAAAAGUAUUUCUUAUUAUCGAUUCGGUACAAAUGCAUCAACUGUAUAAUGAUGAAGCCAGUGUAAAAUUAUUACAGCUUUGUAAGCAUGUAGAUAAACACGCCGUUUGCGUAAUCCGUGGUAUUGCCAAAGCUAUAGGCGAGUUACCAUUGCAGGCUAUAAAGAACAAACAAUCAAUUAGCGAAUAUGAAUUAACAACCACUUAUUUUCAUCCAAUAUUGGCAUGCAUUUUAUCCAGUCCUAAAAAGCGCGUUUUAUUACUAUGGACCAAUAUCGAAUCGGAUGCCAGUGGGGAUAAAAGGCCAGAUGCAACCCUGACAAAUCUCACCCAACUGUCGUAUGAGCCAAGCCUGGGCUUUGGUGAAGCAAAAGUGGCACAACCCAAUACAAACGACAAUUACCUAUGCUAUGAUUUUCUGCGCUUAAAAGUCUUUUGCAAAGAAGCCAUCGGUACCCACCAUUGGAAGGCAUGUUUUGUUUUUCAGAUUCACGGAUUUACCAUAGUCUUUUAUCUGAUGUGA